CAUGGCGGCGUCUGCGUCGACAGCUGCUGCCGAAGAGGACUGGUAACUUUGGGUGAUAGGUUUUGGCUGGCUGCCUGGAUCUGGUGCUGGGAACUAGUAACAGCUUCAUAUCGUCCGAGCCGCGGGCUUGAGGGGUGGAUCAAGGGGCGAGAGCUGGCAGAAACCCUGGCAUCCUUUCCUAGGCGAGCUACUGGACCGGGAACGGAGGGUGGAGGGACGCUGAUCGGAAAAGGGACUGGGUCUGCGCCGGCCUGGCCAGUUGGGCCCACACCUUAUCUAUCCAGUUGUCCCCUCCUACGGCCCUAUCCCUCCCACUUCUCCCUGAUGUGACUUUCUGGAGCCUGGAGGGUGGCUGCUCCUCACACCUCCCGCCUCUCGGAACGGACGUAUCCCCUCCUCGUAUCCCUCGUGCCCCUAGGAUCCUGCCCUUUGGUCCAGUCCAUUUCUGCCUAUGCUUUACUCAACCUUCCGAAUCCCCGACAGCGCUAGCAACUACUGUCAGAAAAGCCUUACUCCCCACAGAAGCCCUCCUACUCUCUCCAGCAUUCUUAAGAAGAGACCAAAGGCCUUUAAGGACUUUGGGGUUUGAAGAUAAAAAUGUGCUCACUUCGUAUUUAAUUAGCUGGAUGUGAUGCUGACCAGACCAGCUAGCUCCUGUGAGUCGGUGCCAACCGUAAUUUAAAUUAAAAAAAAAAAAAAGUGGGCGUGGCAUUACCUCAUAGAGUAGUUGGGAGGAUCACUGUGGAUUUGUAACAUACUUGAAAGCCUGCUUUUCAUUAAUUGCUGAAGUAUAAGAUGUCAAGAGACAAAAUAACCCAAUGGACGUCUGUCUGACUUAAGGCCUUAUAUUCUUAGUACUAGAAUAGCCUACUACCCACCCCCUUCUGUCACUUAUGACCUUACCACUCACUCAGUCUGUAUCUUACAUCCAAGACCCAGGUCACCUAAGGUGGGCAAAAUACUGAAGGAUGUCUUAACUGAGGCUGUACACAGUGUUACAUUGGUUCAGGGAGGCCAGCCAGUAGCUACCUUUAUAAAGCCAUGUAGACUAGUGCUCUUUGCUAUUAGGAGGAAUGUCUAAGAUUAUAAAGGACACCUGAGCAAUGACAGAGUAUCAGUGGUUGCAAUAAUCUAUAUCAGCCAGAAUGUCCUUUUUAUUUGUGAGAUAAUCAGCUUUAUAUUUUGAGGUUCUGCAUAAGGCUUCAAAAGAAUGCUAAACAUAGUAAUAAUAACCACCACUGAUAAAGGCCAUACUGGGUGUGCUCCCUCUUGGCACAGGUUUCUAUAUGUCACCUGGGUAGAGCUGCAGACUCAAUCACCCAUCUUCAGUGUCGUUAGAACUGUUGUUUCUACGUUUCAGUGUGUGCCCUCUGAUUUAUAAAAGGACCAUGAACCCCGUCCUAGACAUGAUGAUGUAACUAGACAUCCAGCGUCACGUGUGCACUUGCAGCACUCAGAUUAGGCCCUUCUCUUUUUCCUUUUAAGGGGGGGAAAGAUCACUUACUAUGUCUCAGACACUUGGGCAGUUUAUAGAAACAAACCAUUUUUAAGUCUCACAGUAGCCCUAGUGAGUAUGUUGUAUUAUCUCUAGGUGGUAGACAAUGUAACUCAGGCUUCCCAAACUAAGUGACCUGACCACAUAGCUGGGUCCUUCCCUCUGAAGUUGAAGUGUUAGAGUCUAUCUAUCUGGAUGAACUACAGGUGAUGAAAGGAAAUGGCCGAUCUUCACCAUGGGAGAUCUUUAUCACUUUGCACCCUGCCACCGCCGAGGUCCAAGAUUCGCAGUUUGUCUGCUUUACUCUGGUGCUUCGGGUCCCGGGAAAGUAUCCCCAGGAGGUGCCACAGAUCUCCAUCCGUAACCCCCGAGGGCUUUCAGAUGAGCAGAUCCACAAGAUCUCACAGACCCUGGGCCAUGUGGCCAAGGAGGGGCUAGGCACAGCCAUGCUCUAUGAACUCAUUGAGAAAGGGAAGGAAAUUCUCACAGACAACAACAUCCCCCACGGUCAGUGUGUCAUCUGCCUCUAUGGUUUCCAGGAAAAGGAGGCCUUUACCAAAACACCGUGUUACCACUACUUCCACUGCCACUGCCUUGCUCGAUACAUCCAGCACAUGGAACAAGAACUGAAGACACAGGGACAGGAACAGGAGCGACAGCAUGCUGUCACCAAACAGAAGGCAGUCGGUGUGCAGUGUCCUGUGUGCAGGGAGCCCCUUGUGUAUGAUCUUGCCUCGCUGAAAGCAGCCCCUGAACCCCAACAACCCAUGGAGCUGUACCAACCCAGUGCAGAGAGCUUGCGCCAACAGGAAGAGCUCAAGCGGCUGUAUCAGAGGCAGCAGGAGAAGGGCGGCAUCAUUGACCUUGAGGCUGAACGGAACCGGUACUUCAUUAGCCUUCAGCAGCCUCCUGCUGCUCUGGAACCUGAGUCAGUUGUGGAUGUCUCCAGAGGACCCCAACCACCUAAUGCCCUUUCUGCAGAACAAUCUACUUCCCUAGCUGCCCAAUCAACUGUGCCAACUCCUCUACCCAUGGCUACCCAGUAUGUGUAUGAGAAGAUUCCAGGGGCUGGGCCAAAUCAGCAGAGGCUGGGUGAGACCCAGAAAUCCAUGCUAGAUCCUCCACGAUCUGGUCGUGGCUCCUGGCGACACUAUGAUCGGAGGCACCCAAAAGGAGGGGAGUGCUGUGCCCCAAAAGGUACCAGUGACAUCCAAGAACUGCCACCUCCUGAGAAGCCUCUCAAGGAGCCUAUGGACUUAAAGCCAGAACCCCGUAACAAAGGGCUCGCCAGUCUCCCUCAGGAUAAGGGGCCUGGUAGCUGGCAGGGCCCCACAUCUCGCAGGACUCGUGACUGUGCUAGCUGGGAACGUUCCAAAAGCCGUACACCAGGUUCUUCCUACACCCACCUACCUCGGGGCCAGAGGGCAUACCGGUCUGGUUCUCGCAGGGAGCCACUGGGCUUGGAAUCCGAGGAAGGUUCCUAGCAGUACUGUGGGGGGGACAGGGAAUUGGGGG